CCCUUCACCGUCGCUCGCAGCCCCCCAGUCAUCUCAUCACGAACACCGCGCCAAAAAUCAAUCUGCACUAAUCGCCCGCCUACUCCUCGUCCGCUAUCUGAUACGCACUUCUUCUGCAGCCUCUACUACCCAUUCCUUCCAAGAUAUUUGGUGUACGACUUUUUCGAGCGUUUUAUCUCCCACCAUGGCUACCCAUCCCAUUCCCGACAACCGCCACCAGUUCGAGAUCGCCAUAGUGUGUGCGUGGGACCGCGAAUACAAUGCCGUCUGCCGUCUCGUCGACCGGUUCUGCGACGAAGACUAUGGGAGGGCCGAGCGAGACCCGAACGUAUACAAGACUGGACGCAUUGGAGGCUUUGACGUCGUCUUGGUUCUUCUCUCGGGAGUGGGCAAAAGAGCUGCCGCCUCUGCCGCCGCGGGCCUUCGAUUGAGCUAUCCAAACCUGAAUCUCGUUCUUCUGACGGGCAUCUGCGGCGGUGUGCCCCUCACCAAGAUGGGCGAAGAGGUUCUGCUUGGUGAUGUGGUUAUCAGCAAGUCUGUCGUCCAGUACGAUCUGGGUAGGCAGUACCCGGAUACCUUCGCCACCGAAGAUUCACCCGAAGACCGCCUCGGCAAGCCCAAUACGAAUAUCCUAGACUUUGUCGCUCUGCUCGAGACGGAACCUGAGCGCGAGCGACUGAGGCAGAGGACCGACUUUUUCUUACAAGCCAUGCAAAGCAGCAGCGAGGCCCAAACGUCGGGUGGAGCCUCAUACCAGUACCCCGGGGCCGCAACGGACAGAUUAACCCUUCCUUACAAUGCCUUUGCGACGAUUGGCGCAAAGUCUCAGACCCGGUUUGUCGGAUGCGACGAUCGCUUUCUCGUGCGGCGGAAGCGUGUCGUUAUGAAUCUGCAGCUAGAGCGUGAAGGGCGUGGCAAGGAGGCACAGGCUCCUUCAAUCUUUGUCGGAUGCGUUGGAUCGGCCGACACAGUAUUGAAAUUGGGCGAGUAUCGCGACCGAAUUGCCAAGACGUAUGGCAUUGUGGCCUUCGAGAUGGAAAGCGCCGGUGGCGUCUGCGAUUACGCCGACAGCCACAAGAACAAGUCGUGGCAGGACUUUGCCGCGGCCACGGCGGCGUGUACAGUGAAGGCGAUGCUAGAACGAUAUCCCCAGACGACGGACAGGCCACAAAUCAGGGGGAACGAAACCAACAACGUCCUCGAGCGCCUCUCUAGCCUGCAGAACGAGGCCCACAAGAACAGAAAUCCGAGACGGGCCGGCGGAACUUGCGAGUGGUUCACCAGCCACGCCCUUUUUCGCGGCUGGCAAGAGAAAACCUCUGGCCUGAUUUGGGACGACUGCGAGGAACAGAAGACCCUCGAGAGCGCCUUGCGCUGCAUCCUUCGCCAGCUUCUCUGCCAACGACCUGCCCUUCUUUCACCCAAGACCAUCGACAAGCUAAAAGGCGGUGGGGAGUUUUGGACUUCUCGACAAUUCUGGGACAUCCUCCUUGACGUUUCUAGCGGCCCUGACAGCGGUGAGAUUAUCUGCAUUUUGGAUGCCCUCGACGAAUACAACGGUGGACAGUCUGAACUGGUAGAGUGGCUGGGCGAGCUUUACAAGUCCGAGCCAAGCAGCUCGAGCAUAAAUGGUGAAAACCAAGCCGAGGCCGACAUGAUUUCACACGAGAUCGAGAUUGUCAUUCGGAAACGAACCGAAGAGCUCGGCAAAAUGCUCGAACUCGAGGCCGAUGACAGCCAGCUCCUGGGAAACGAGCUCAUUGCUGUCAAAAACCGAACAUAUCUCUGGGUUCACCUGGUGUUUGAGGUCAUGAAGAAAUACGUUCCUCUUACGCAGGGCGACCUCCUUACCAAGAUACGCAGCCUUCCAAACACGGUCGAAGCUGCAUAUGACAAGAUUCUUCGCAGCAGUCCGGACAGGGGCCAGGCCGAGAAACUUCUACACAUUAUUGUAGCAGCGAGGCUGCCACUCUCUCUUCGGGAAGUUGCUACAGCACUGGCUAUCGAGGAUGGCCACAAAUCACGACGCGACAUCAAGUUCAUCUCGGAGAAUCAAUUCCAUCAAACCAUCAGAGACAUUUGCGGCCUUUUUGUCUCGGUUAUAGACUCAAGACUCUACCUGCUCCACCAAACGGCAAGACAAUUCUUAAUCCGACCCCCUUCUCCUCAGCCAAGCACGUUCGAGUGGCAAUACUCACUCUGUCCAGCAGAAUCGCACCACAUCCUCUCAGAGAUAUGCAUCCGGUACCUUCUCUUGGAUGACUUUGCGGAGCCAGCAUACUACAAAAACCCCGAAACCCUCGACAACGAAAAAUGUCAGAUUACCCACCUUUUUUUAGAGACAUUUACACCCUUGAUGGUUGCGUCGUACUUUGGACUGGAUGAAGUUGUCCGCCAGUUGUGCAAAGCGAAAGACAUAGGCCUAGACGGCCUAGAUGGGAUCUACAGUCGAUCCGCCCUGUCAUGGGCGAGUGAGAACGGACACGGCUCUGUCGUGGAGUUAAUUCUUGGUCGAAUACCAAAGAUUAAGAUUGCCCUAGGAUUAUCAACUGUCGUGAACAAAAAGGAUUCACGCAGGCGAUCGCCUUUAUGGUAUUCCGCGGUGAAUGGUCAUGAUAAAACUGUCGGCAUGUUACUCGAAAAGGGUGCAAAGAUCAACUCCAAGGACGUCUAUGGCCAAACGCCGCUGUUAUGGGUAGAACACAAUAGACACUACCCUGUCAUGGAGCUUCUGCGAAAGAAAGGGGUCAAGCCGGAAUUGAAAGAAGAUGACCUAGAGUUGAAAGAUGGCUUGGGCCGCACGCAGCUAUGGAGAGCUGCUUUCGAGGGCGACCAGGCUACUGUAAGGCUGCUUCUAGACAAGGGUGCCAAAAUCGAGGCAAAAGAUACAUGGGGUACAACACCGCUAGCCAUGGCUUGUAAACACGACCAUGAGGAUAUUGUGAAGCAGCUUCUCGAUAAGGGCGCCAACUUCGAAGCAAAGGAUGAUAAGGGCAGGGCACUACUAAUGGUGGCUUUUACAAGUGGCUCCGAUGCCAGUUUCAAGCUGCUUCUCGAUAAGGGCGCCAACUUCGAAGCAAAAGAUAACGAAGGCAUGAUGCCAUUGUUAUUUGCUUCUAGGUUCGGCUACGAGGUCAUUGUAACGCUGCUUCUCAAUAAGGGCCCGAGAUCGAGUGUCUUAUUACUUAGCCAGACUGUAUCCCGCAUCUACCACAGUACCGGCACUCGCAAAAAUCGCAAACCCAGCCCACGGCCCACCCUCAAUGUAAUAACGAUAGAAGCCCGUAAUGACGCCCUCGUCAUUCCAAAUAGCCGAGCCGCACGUGCCGUCUGGAGGUCGAAACUUGCCUUCGUUGCCCUCUUCCUAGCCCGUAUAUGACCAGUCGUAGAGAGUAUAAGCUAGCUGACUCUCGGUAAGAUACGGGAAGGUUUUAAAAUAUCGUAUUGAAUUGGCCACCAAGACCGCGUCCACAUUACCCGUAUAUGGGCUGUUGAAGCAUAGGGAACCGUACGACAGCUCAUUAGUCGAAGUCUUUAGGCGAGUAAACUAGGGCACCGCGCCGGCAUCCGUCUCAAAGGUCUUAUUGACAAAUACGACAUCGUCCUUGAGCUUGAGUAGGCUGACGUCGGUAAAGGGGAUCUCAACCACGGCCUCGCUAAUUGUGC